AUGAUAAGUAAAUUAGAAACAUUACCAAAUGAAAUAUUACUUAAUAUAUUUUGUUAUUUAUCAUGGGAUAAAAUGUUAAUAUCAUUAUGGUCAUUAAAUAGACGUAUUAAUUUGAUUAUUUAUUCAAUAUUUUCAAUUGAUAAAAAUGGAAUUAUUCUUAAUCAAUCAGGUUUAUCUUAUAAAAAAUUUUCAUUAAUAUUAUUCCCAUUAAUUUGUAAUUCAUCUCUUUCUUCUUUUAUUAAAUAUAUUCAUUUUGAUGGAACUAAUUCAAAUUCUCCUGAUCUUAUCCAUGAAUGUCUUUUUUAUAAUAAUGAUAAACAAAUUCUUUGUUUUCCUAAUCUCAAAUCACUUAAGAUUACUCAAUGUUUAUUAUCUCAAUCAUUAAUUCAAACAUUAUCUUUACUUAUUCAAUUGAAAUUGGAUCAACUUGCAUUAACAUUAGACGAAGAUAUGGUGGAAUUGAUUAGAAAUCCAAAGCAACGAUGGAGGAUCAUUCCUCAUACAAGUAAUUCAUUACUGUUAUUUUAG